AUGAGUUCUAGCGUGGUUGUCGCGCUAGUGAAGUUCUGCGAAACUCUUGCAGAUAAGUCUGUUGAUGUAACUUCGAAAUUGCGUGUACUGAGCACACUCAAUGAAGUAACGCUUACGCUCAGUGAGUUGUCAGAGUCAGGUGUUGGUCGGGCUGUUCGUAAAUUGAAAAAUGAGCCUGGAGAACUCGGACAAACUGCGUGCACACUUAUAUCAAAAUGGAAAAAUUUACUCAGUGAGCACAUAAAACAAGAAUCCGUGAACCUCUGUAUACCUGGAAAUUCCAAGGCUACUGUUGUAAAUGGUGAACCAAAAAGUUGUGGAAAAACUUGCAGUCCAAACAAUUUGUUACCAACUAUAAAUGAGAAAAAGACUAAGGUAAUUAGCAGUCCUCGAAAUAGUUCUAAAGAAAGUGGGAAAAACGUUACACCUACAGCUGCACAGCUGGCCAUCCAUAGUUGUAAUAAUUCACCGCUUCACAACAGGAAUUCAACUUCUCGUUGUAUUCCUAAUGGUUCCUCACCUCACGAUUCAUAUACGCCUCCAAAAGUUCAUCAUGAAUCUCCAAGUAGCAAAUGUAAACUGGUAUCAAACAAAAAAAGAAAGUCGGUGGAGGUUGUAGAUUCGAUUGAUUCAUCCAGUGGUAUUUCGUUUAUGGAUUCAUUAAAUGUCGGUACAAGCAUUCGAUCUCACCGGAAGAAAAAAUGUAGUCAGACCACUGCUUCUAACAGUGACACUCAAUAUGGUGGCAGUCAGAAACCUGAGAUCAGUGCUCCAAAGUUAGAUGAAACAGUUGAUGAAGAUGGUUUCGAAAGUGGUGAUUUGAAAUUUAAAUCUAAGAAGGUACUCUGGGUACCAAAACCCAAUCGUUCAGCGGCAGUUCUUCCCAGUUAUUCAAAUUUAUCAAAUGAUUUCCCAUGCUUUUUCGAUCCUCCAAGCCUAAUAGAUCUUUGUGUCGAUGUGUUGGCACGUAAUAUAAGUCGUCUUGACCAUGUUGGUCAGGUUCCCUAUGAAUUGUUAGCAAAAGCUCUACGUGGUGCAUCUGUGGAGGACUUAACUCGAAUUGAACGUUACAAUCCCCAAUUCGUUGGUCUCAGUGAUGAUCUUUGGCAAAAAUACGUAAAUAGAGAUUUCCAGCAUUUGUCAAGUGUUCGUCGUCGACCAGAUGAAACAUGGUGUGAAUUUUACAAUCGUUUAUCUAAAGAAGAAGCGAAACGCUUAGAUCGUAUUAUCUCACAAUCCGCACGUAAAGUGAAAGAAGAACAGGAAAUGCGACGUACAACCUUGACUACAGAAGUUAUUACCCCACGCCAGAUGCAGCGACGUGGAUCUCGUCAAACUAAUAACGGACCCAAUAAUAAAGCAUUACCUUACUUUAAACCCCGUAACAUGAGUCAUCCAUCUCCGAAUGCUACAGAUAAACGCAACAAAGUGAAUCAUCCAAUUGCUUCGACAUCAAGCACAACUACUGCAGGUUCUAGUGGCGUUUAUGGUGGUGGUAGUGGUGGUCUUCUAAGCAAACUGCGUAAACAAUUCCACUCUGGUCACCUUAGAUAGCUGUAAUAACAAUAAUAAUAUUAAUGCUUUGUAGCUCUAUAGUUUAAUAAUGUGUAAAUUUUCUUCUGACAUUCAAGUGAACUUGUUUCUACAUUAUUUAUGCUGUGAUCUAACUUUUCAAAACUGCUUUUAAUAACAGCUCUAUAGGUUAUUAUUUUCCCUUUUAUCUGGUCCCCUUCUGCCAUGCUUGGAUGGAUAAAUUAUGAAAUAACUCAUGAAAGACUUGUUAUUGUAGUGGGUUAUAUGAUGUACGUCUCAGGUACUAGAUCUUGUUUAUUUUUGUUGAGACAUUUGAAAUGCCUCAACCUAAAAUAUUUUACCAUUAACAUACCUUGCUAAUGUGAAGUGCUUCUUUUGCUCUACUAUGAUGUCUCUCUGUUUUUUUCUUUUUGUUGUGCACACUUCGUGCUUGCUUGUCUUUCUCUUUCACAUCCAUUGUUUUACUGUGUGGGAUACAUCCUUUGUUCUCUAGUUCUAGUUUAAUAGUCUUAUGUCUAUUAUCAAUUAUUCUAGUCUCCUAGACCUCCCCUGUGGUUAUAAGCUACUUAAAUCUGAUAAAUUUGUAUGUAUUUCCGAUUUUUUUUUCCUUCGGUUUUACUCCUGCAUCACGUUCCUUUCCGCGUGUACAUAUAAACUUUGAGAUCUCCCAUAAUAGUAAUUACUACUGAUCAUAAUAGUGAUCUUCGGUAACAUGUAACUUCAUUAUUUAUUAAGAGAAGCUCUCAGUUGACUUUUCUGUUCUUGUUUUUCCCCCCUAUCUUCUUUUGUUUUUGUUUAUGACGAUGACUUGUUUCAUAUUUUCUUACUCCCUGCUCUAAAUGUCCCCUUUUUAUCGCACCCUGUUAUUUAGUACUUUUUUUUCCUUUUGAUCAAUUAAUCCAUUUUUUCCUACUCUUUGUAUGAUAUUUUAUCGAAAAUUCGUUGCACUAGUGAUAAUAAUCGUAAUAAUGGUCAAUAACUUGCCAACUUUUAUAAGUUUUCUGUAGUCAGAGCAGGGAUAACGUUUAUGCUUGCAAACUGCGUUUAAUUGGUGUAUGGAAGACGAUGAGGUUAGUUCUCACUAUAGGGAUUGUGUGGAAUACAUCAAAUUAUUGUCAUGAACACGUCGAUCGUUAAUCGGGUAUGACAACUAAACUGACAAUCGAUUUUAUAUGGGGCUUCUGCUUGCAAGUUAAUACAAGAAACUAAUCUAUCAGUAUGUGAUCAAGGUCAAAUAACCAUGGUUUGAACUUCGGAAAACAUGCAAUCAAUCAAGGGUAGGUUAUAUGACAGUGACUGGGUAGUGACUAAAUUCUUAUCAAUACAUAUGAAGUCAUAUUACCCGAAUGCCUGUGCACCAUCUAAACGUAAAUGCAAUAAAUCAAUUUUUCAUUUUACAACUUUCGAAUUCCGAGGUCAUAAAGCUUAUAAACUGUGAAAAAAUUUAAACAUCGAUAUUUCACAUGUGAGAUUAACGUAAAACAUUGUGUACCAAUUUAAACAUCAAACAAAAUACUAAUGGUGAAAACUAG